GCAUACAUUGGUGGUUGUCUAACCGUAUAAGCUGCAACCAACAAUGUGGAAGUGCAUCUUGCUCGCGGUGGUGUUUGCCUUGGCGCUGGCCCCGGCGCUGGCAGUCCCGUUCACGGAGAAAGACCUCGCCUCCGAAGAGAGCCUGCGGGGUCUCUACGAAAGGUGGCGGAGCCGCUACACGGUGUCGCCGUCGACGCCGGGAAGCGGCCUCCGCGGCAAGUUGGCGGACCAUGACCCGGCGCGCCGGUUCAACGUGUUCAAGGAGAACGUCAAGUACAUCCACGAGGCCAAUAAGAAGGACAGGCCUUUCAGGCUGGCGCUCAACAAGUUCGCCGACAUGACCACGGACGAGCUCCGGCACUCGUACGCCGGGUCCAGGGUGCGGCACCACCGCGCCCUGAGCGGCGGACGCCGUGCCCAGGGGAAUUUCACAUACAGCGACGCCGAGAACCUCCCGCCGGCCGUCGACUGGCGCGAGAAGGGCGCCGUCACCGGCAUCAAGGACCAAGGCCAAUGCGGGAGCUGCUGGGCGUUCUCGACGAUCGCGGCCGUGGAGAGCAUCAACAAGAUCAGGACAGGGAAGCUGGUGUCGCUGUCGGAGCAGGAGCUCAUGGACUGCGACAACGUCAACGACCAAGGGUGCGACGGCGGGCUCAUGGACUACGCCUUCCAAUUCAUCCAGAAGAACGGAGGGGUCACCAGCGAGGCCAACUACCCGUACCAAGGCCAGCAAAACACCUGUGACCAGGCAAAGGAGAACACUCAUGACGUGGCAAUCGACGGCUACGAGGAUGUCCCGGCCAAUGACGAGUCUGCUUUGCAGAAAGCGGUUGCAUACCAGCCCGUGUCAGUCGCAAUAGAGGCCAGCGGCCAGGAUUUCCAGUUCUACUCGGAGGGUGUCUUCACCGGACAAUGCACAACGGAUCUGGAUCACGGGGUGGCCGCCGUUGGGUACGGCACGGCUCGAGACGGCACCAAGUACUGGAUCGUGAAGAACUCAUGGGGCCUGGACUGGGGCGAGAAAGGGUACAUCAGGAUGCAGCGUGGAGUGUCGCAAGCAGAAGGGCUGUGUGGCAUCGCGAUGCAGGCGUCUUACCCGAUUAAGGCGGCACCACAUGCUACUACGGCCAGGCAAGCAGAUGAACUCUAGAUGAUGACAUCAAUUCAUCCUUCCGAGUGCAAGCCUUCUCUCGAUGGAGAAGUGAAUCUGCUACCCCUGUCGUGUUAUGUACUUUUAUGCAAGAAGAUGUUAUCCGUAAAAAAAAUAUUUUGUGUAAGAUGUUUUUUUUUUGAACGGUUACUUUGUGUAAGAUGUUACUAUAAAUAUAAUAAAGGAAAGUAAAAAAAAUUCAACUUUUGUCGAAAAA